UAUUAUAUCAGCUCGCCAAAUUGACACACAGCUCAAAACUCCAUUUUCUUAGCCAAAAACAUCCAUGGCAGAAGACAAAAUCAAAACCAAUGAACCCCAAAAAGGAGUUGAAGGUUCCAAUUUACAGUGGGCCCCACAAGCAUGGGCCCACUUAGAAUUAGUUCGUUCAAAAUCACCAUUAAUUCAAUGCAUAACAAACUUCGUUUCAAUGGAUUUCAUGGCCAACACUUUAUUAUCCGCCGGCGCAUCGCCGGCAAUGGUCCAUUCAGUUGAUGAAAUUCCGGAAUUUACACCAAAAGCCCUCGGAGUUUGCAUAAAUAUGGGAACACUCACACCUGACUGGUUACCGGGUAUGAAGUUGGCUGCAGAAGUGGCUAACCAGUGUAAGAAGCCGUGGGUGCUUGAUCCUGUAGCUGCUGGUGGAACAAGUUUCCGGUUAAAGGCGUGUUUGGAAAUGAUGAAUUUAAAGCCUAGUGUUGUUAGAGGGAAUGGGUCUGAGAUUCUUGCUCUUUUUAAGGGUUCUGUUGACUCUAAUUCCAAGGGUGUGGAUAGCGUCUACUGUUCAGGAGAUGCUGUUGAAGCAGCAAAAUCCCUUGCUCAACAAAGUGGUAGCGUAGUUGCUGUUUCUGGAGCUGUUGAUUAUAUUACGGAUGGUGAUAGGGUCGUUUGUGUGCAUAAUGGAGUGCCUAUGUUGCAAAAGAUUACCGCAUCUGGUUGUUCUGUCACUGCCCUCAUUGCUGCCUUUCUCGCAGUUGAUCCAUCCCAUGCUAUUGAAGCGACAGCUUCUGCAUUGGCUAUCUUUGGUGUCGCUAGUGAGAUAGGGAUGGACAUUGCUAGAGGUCCAGCUUCACUGCGGACAUCAUUGAUCGAUUCAUUAUAUGGACUUGACGAAGCUACUGCACUUGGCCGAGUAAGAAUCAGCUGCUUAUAAUGCUUAGAGGAGCAAUGAAUGUGUGCAUUGCCCAUUAGACCAAAUGUGGUCUUCUAUAGCAUCAGGUAAUUGUCGAAUAGUCAACUCAUGUUAUUUUACUUGGUAGGUUUUUUACAUUCUUUAACACUUAAUAAAAGCAUGGGUUAGAAAAAGCAGAAUGAAGAAUUUUUUUCUAUU